CCUAGUAUCAGAUUAGGGUGCUUGUGUUGUGUUGUUCGCACGCCUUGUUCGGUGAAGUGAGUAGUGAGUGCUGAAUCGAAUCGAAUCGAUUCUCCGAACAUGGCGGCGAGCGAUCGCACAGUGUUGCAAUUCUCUUCAUCAUCUUCUUCUUCUUCGCAGAGCUUGUCCGCGAAGGUCCACCCUCUGGUCAUCUUCAACAUCUGCGAUUGCUAUGUUCGGCGCCCUGACCAAGCCGACCGCGUCAUCGGAACCCUACUCGGCUCCGUCCUUCCCGACGGAACCGUCGAUAUCCGAAAUUCCUAUGCUGUUCCUCACAACGAGUCUAUCGAACAGGUUGCAUUGGAUAUAGAGUACCACCACAAUAUGUUAAUAUCCCACCAAAAAGUGAAUCCAAAGGAAAUCAUAGUAGGAUGGUAUUCAACCGGUCUUGGAGUAACUGGUGGUAGUGCAUUAAUCCACGAGUUUUAUUCUCGAGAAGUGCCCAAUCCCAUACACUUGACUGUUGAUACAGGAUUUACAAAUGGAGCGGGUACGAUUAAAGCAUACGUGUCUAACAAUUUAUCUCUUGGAGAACGUCAAAUUGCUGCACAGUUUCAAGAAAUUCCAUUAGAUCUUCGUAUGGUGGAAGCUGAGCGAAUUGGAUUUGAUAUGCUGAAGGCAACUGCAGUUGACAAAAUUCCCUCAGAUUUAGAAGGGAUGGAAGCAUCAAUGCAACAUCUGCUAGUCUUGAUUGAUGACAUCUACAAAUAUGUUGACGAUGUUGUGGAAGGACGAGUGGCACCAGACAACAAAAUCGGGAGAUUUAUAUCAGAAGCUGUAGGUUCCCUUCCCAAAUUGUCCCCAUCAGUUUUUGAUAAGCUUGUGAAUGACAGUUUGCAGGAUCACUUGCUUUUGCUGUAUUUAUCUAGUAUCACAAGAACGCAGCUUAGCUUGGCUGAAAAAUUGAACACAGCUGCUCAGAUUCUGUGAUUCUUCCGCUUGUUUAUCGCCGAAGUCAAAUUUUUCUGAGUUUCUUUUCUUGUCUUAUUUCCAGAAACGUGGAAUGUCAGCGUUUUAUACUUCACUUUUACUUCGCUUAUUUUUUUUAUUUAUGUUUUGUGCUGGUCUUUGCUAGGUAAGUUCACUUAUUGUCCAAGGUAUGCAGUGUAGCGUUCACUUGUUAUUUUUCAUGUAAUCUGUAUUUGAAAGAAAAUGAGCAAAAAGCUUUCUCUCCAUUAUCUAUUUAUUUCUUAUUUAUUGA